AACGUAUCGUUUCCCGCUACGGGGGCUCAGAAGACCUUCGAGAUCCCCUCGGACGACCACAAGCUGCGUCACUUCUAUGACAAGCGUAUGGGCACGGAACUUGCCGCCGACCAUCUCGGCGAUGAAUGGAAAGGCUACAUCUUGAAGAUUGCCGGCGGUAACGACAAGCAGGGUUUCCCCAUGAAGCAGGGUGUGCUGACCAACACUCGUGUUCGUCUGCUCCUGAAGAAGGGUCACUCGUGCUAUCGUCCGCGUCGUACCGGAGAGCGCAAGCGUAAGUCGGUGCGUGGUUGCAUUGUCGACCAGAACCUGUCCGCCCUGGCGCUGGUUAUUGUGCGCAAAGGUGAGCAAGAAAUUGCCGGACUGACUGAUGUGGACGUGCCACGCCGUCUCGGCCCGAAGCGAGCGAGCAACAUCCGCAAGCUGUACAACCUGGACAAGAAGAAGGAGGAUGAUGUGCGCAUGUUCGUGGUAAAGCGUCCGUUGGCGGUGAAGGAUGGCAAGAAGCCCCGCUUCAAGUCGCCAAAGAUCCAGCGUCUGAUCACCCCGGUAGUGUUGCAGCGCAAGAGACACCGUCUGCUGAUCAAGAAGCGUCGUUCGGAGGCUCGUCGUGAGGCGGAAGCGCAAUACGCUCGUCUGCUUGCAGUGCGCCGUCGUCAGGAACGUGUGCGCCGUCACUCGCGCCUGUCGUCCAUCCGCGACUCGCGCAGCUCGCUGACCUCGGAGAAGGACAAGAAGUCGCUGGCUGCGGCUAAGAAGAAGGAAGCCGCUUCCAAAAAGGAGGCCACCACCACCACCACCGCUGCCACCACGAAAAAGGGCGCCGUCGCGAAGAAGGAGGUCGCCAAGAAGGAUGCCGGUAAGAAAGCGGCCGGCAAGAAGGACGCCAAGAAGGAAGUAAAGAAGGAGGUCAAGAAGGAAGUCAAGAAGGAUGCCUCCAAGAAGGAGGUAAAGAAGGACGCACCCAAGAAGGACGGCAAGAAGGAGGAGAAGAAGCCGGCAGCGGCUUCCGCCACCGCCGGUAAGAAGGCGGCAGCGGCCGCUAAGCCCGAAGCCAAGAAGGCUGCACCGAAAACUGAGGGCAAGAAGCCGGCGGCUGCUGCUGCAACCGACAAGAAGCCGGCGAAGAAGGAGGCAGCACCGGCGGCUGGUGCCAAGAAGGAAGCCCCGAAGCGCAAGCCCGAACCAGCCCAGCAGAAGGGUGAGGCCAGCGCGGCAAAGAAGGAGAAGAAACAGCAACAGCAGAAGAAGAAGUAG